ACCGACGCCUCCAAAUUGGGUUGGGGCACCGUGUGCAACGGGCGCGCAGCCACAGGCCAGUGGAACCGAGGCCCGCUGCGCUGGCACAUCAACUGCCUAGAGCUGCUGGCCAUUUUUCUUGCCCUGAAGAAAUUUCUACCGUUGAUUCGUGGCAAGCAUGUCCUAGUCAGGACAGACAGCACCACGGUGGUGGCCUACAUAAACCGCCAAGGCGGAGUACGCUCCCUCCACAUGUCACAGCUCGCCCGUCGUCUCCUCCUGUGGAGUCAGCAGCGACUGGAGUCACUGCGCGCCACUCACAUCCCCGGCAACCUCAAUGUGAUAGCGGACGCGCUGUCAAGGCAAAACUUGCCCGGCGGAGAGUGGAGGCUCCACCCCCAAUCGGUCCAGCUGAUUUGGGACAGGUUCGGCAAGGCCCAGGUAGACCUGUCUGCCUCCCAGGAAACCUCCCACUGUCCGCUCUGGUAUGGCCUCACAGAGGCUCCCCUUGGGACAGAUGCUCUGGCGCACAGCUGGCCCGAGGGGCUGCGCAAGUACGCUUUUCCCCCAGUGAGCCUUCUUGCACAGGUGCUAUGCAAGGUCAGGGAGGACAAGGAGCAAGUCACUCUGGUGGCCCCCUACUGGCCCAACCGGAUGUGGUUUUCGGAUCUCACGCUCCUCAUGACAGCCCCUCCCUGGCGAAUUCCCCUGAGAAAGGACCUUCUUUCUCAGGGACGGGGCACGCUCUGGCAUCCGCAU